AUGAUUCUGAAUCUGAAUUUGAAUCAUUUGACAUACAAUUGCAUGUCAUUCUUCACUCGACGAUUCCUAGCUACUGUGGUCCCUGUAUCUUCCCCUUUAGACCAUAUCAAAAGCUUGGUUUCAAAGGGUCUUUAUAACCAGACACUUGAAUUUUUCACACAACUCCAUUUCUCUGGUCACCAUUUCAGUUUCAUCCCAUGUGUUCUUCCAUCAGUCAUCAAGGCAUGUUCAUUUACUCACUCUCAUGCCUUCGGCACACAGCUUCAUUGCUUAGCUCUUAUCACAGGCUGCAACUCUGACCCAGUUGUCUCGAAUUCCAUCAUCUCUAUGUAUGCGAAGUUUUCAGAUAUCAGAUCGGCACGCCAAGUGUUUGACACAAUGCCUCACAGAGACCCCAUCACUUGGAACUCCAUGAUCAAUGCUUAUAUGCAAAAUGGGUUGCUUUUAGAAGCUCUGCAAACGUCAAAAGACUUCUACUUUCUUGGUUUUCUUCCCAAGCCGGAGCUGUUAGCUAGCAUGGUAUCCGUGUGUGGGAGGGAAACGGGUUUAAGUUCGAGAAUAGGAAGACAGGUUCAUGGUCUUCUUGUUGUUGAUGGGAGGAUACAAAUUCAACAUUCAGUUUUCCUGUCAACGGCAUUUGUGGAUUUCUAUUUCAAGUGCGGUGACUCUUUGAUGGCUCGGAGUGUGUUUGAUGGGAUGGAAGUGAAAAAUGAGGUUUCGUGGACUGCGUUGAUAUCUGGUUGUGUCGGUAAUCAAGAAUAUGAUGUAGCUUUAGCAAGCUUUAGAGAAAUGCAGGUUGCGCGAGUUAACCCGAAUAGGGUAACGUUGAUUGCACUUUUAGCAGCUUGUACAAGGCCGGGUUUUGUUAAGUAUGGAAAAGAGAUUCAUGCGUAUGCUUUUCGUCGUGGGUUUGAUUCAUGUCAUAGUCUUUCAUCAGCUCUCAUUAACAUGUAUUGUGAAUGUGGAGAAUCACUGCACCUUGCUGAACGAAUUUUUGAAGGGUCUAGUUUAAGGGAUGUGGUGCUAUGGAGUUCAAUCAUAGGGAGCUAUGCUCGAAGAGGAGAAAGCGACAAAGCUUUGAAGCUUUUUAAUAAAAUGAGAACUGAGGAAACUGAACCAAACUAUGUAACUCUGCUCGCAGUGAUAUCUGCAUGCACAAACUUAUCUUCAUUACAGCAUGGUUGUGCAAUCCAUGGCUAUAUCUUGAAAUUUGGAUUUGGUUUUAGCAUCUUUGUGUGCAAUGCGCUUAUAAAUAUGUAUGCUAAAUGUGGCUGUCUAGAUGAUUCUCGUAAGAUAUUCCUAGAAACACCGAAUAGAGAUUCGGUUACAUGGAGUAGUUUAAUUAGUGCCUAUGGGCUUCAUGGAUGUGGAGAAGAAGCUUUACAACUUUUUCAUGAAAUGAAAGAGAAAAGAGUGAAGCUUGAUGCAGUCACAUUUCUAGCAGUCUUAUCUGCGUGUAAUCAUGCUGGCCUUGUCAAUGAGGGACAACAAGUGUUUGAGCAAGUAAAUGCAGAUUGCGAAAUUCCAAUCACUGUAGAACAUUAUGCAUGCCUAAUUGAUCUUCUUGGAAGGUCGGGGAAACUUGAAGAUGCGUUGGAAAUACUGAGAACAAUGCCUAUGAAACCGAGUGCAAGAAUAUGGAGCUCUCUUGUAUCGGCUUGUAAGCUUCAUGGGAGACUCGACAUAGCGGAAUUACUAUCAUCUCAGCUUAUAAGAUCAGAACCAAAUAAUGCUGCUAAUUACACAUUGUUGAAUAUGAUUUAUGCCGAGAAGGGUCAUUGGCUUGAUAUAGAACAAGUGAGGGAAAACAUGAAACUACAAAGAUUACAAAAAUGCUAUGGGUUCAGCCGCAUUGAGGUAGGAUAA